CACACGUCUGCGCGACCGUUAAGAGAUUCCAAAAUGAACCGCGUCCUGUGUUCGGUGUUGAACUCCUCGCUGUGUCGGUGCAGCAGACCGGUUAGUUUCACCCACCGUCACCCCCGGUUGCUGGCCUCGGCCGCCUGGGCCCGAACGAGGAAAGGCCGCGGGAUCGAAGCGUCUCGGUUUCGGACUCUGCCCCGAACAAACUCAGGCGGCGACCACCGGGUCAGUCCGGCCAGAGCCCGAUCAGCCCCGACUGAAAAUACACUGAACGUGUUUGACAGGAAAACGAAGAGGAGACAGAAAAACUGGGCAUCCUCGGUCUCGGAGAGUGGCAAAUACGACUAUCUUAAGAAGGAGGUUGGAAGCAGAGUUGCGGAACGUAUUUUUGAUGUAUCAAGAACCUUUCCUGUUGCAUUGGACAUUGGGUGUGGAAAAGGUUACAUUGCUCAAAACCUAAACACGGAUGUUGUUCAGAAAUUAUUCCAAGUGGACAUUGCAGAAAAUACUUUGAAAAAUCCAAUUGAGACCGAAGUUCCCACCUAUAAUAUUUUAGCAGAUGAAGAAUUCCUUCCCUUCAAAGAAAAUACAUUUGACCUUGUUUUUAGUAGUUUAAGUUUGCAUUGGGUGAAUGAUCUUCCUGGGGCAUUCAGACAGAUUAAUUAUUCCUUAAAACCAGAUGGGGUAUUUAUUGGUGCCAUGGUGGGAGGAGAGACUCUAUACGAACUUCGCUGCUCCCUACAGUUGGCAGAAUUGGAGCGUGAAGGAGGUUUUGCACCCCACGUAUCACCUUUCACUGCCUUGACGGACUUGGGCAAUCUGCUGGGAGGAGCAGGGUUUAACAUGCUGACUUUGGACUUUGAUGAAAUCCAGGUGAAUUAUCCAGGAAUGUUUGAAAUAAUGGAAGAUUUACAAGGUAUGGGAGAGAGCAAUUGUGCGUGGACUAGAAAACCCUUGUUGCAUAGAGACACAAUGCUGGCAGCUGCUGCAAUCUACAAAGAGAUGUAUGGGAGUGACGAUGGAUCUGUGCCAGCAACAUUUCAAAUUUUCUAUAUGAUUGGUUGGAAACCCCACGAAUCGCAGCCUAAACCAGCACAGAGAGGUUCUGCUGCAUUAUCAUUUGACCAUCUGGGGAAAAUGAAUGAACUUAUAUCAACAAAAAAGAAUAAAAGUUGAAAUAAAAUGUUUAAAUUGAGACUGACAAAUUUAUGGAUUGUAUAAAUGGAAAACUUUAUAAUGUGAUUGUGGUUGGAGCUCUGUUUCAAAUUAAACUUUUGUUUAU